CUCCUUCGACGCCCUCCUCAACGUCCUCAACGUCCGCCACGACCCCGACGACAUGCGCCCCGAAUAUGGAUCAACGUCCAGGGCGCCCUCCCAGACAAACGGACAUGCAAACGGCGACGUGAUGCGCACAAAGAUCCUCCUCCUCGGCAUGCGCAGGAGCGGCAAGACGUCCAUUCAGGAGGUCUUGUUUAACAAUCUCCCCGCAAAGCAAACGUUCUACCUCGAACGCACGACCCGCCUCACGAAACAUACCUACGAUACAGUCAUACCACUGGAGAUAUGGGACUGCCCAGGGGACAUGAAUCUGGACCAGCUGGACGUCCCAGUGUCGCAGUUUGCCACCCUCAUAUUCGUCAUUGACAUCCAGGACCUAUACCAACCUCCCAUCACCAAGCUCGUCACCAUGGUCAUCGCAGCCUACAACGAGAGCCCUCGAAUUAACCUCGAAGUAUUCGUGCACAAGGCUGAUACGUGUCCGAAGAGUACAGGAUGGAGAACUGGCGGUACAUCCAACAGCGAAUCUUGGAUGAGCUCGCCGACAUCUCGCCAGAGUAUGAGCAGAUGAUCCCAUCAACUUCCAUCUCACGUCCAUACACGACCAUACCCUGCACGACGCCUUCUCACGGACGCUGCACAAGUCCAUCGAAUCCCUGCCCUAUCUAGAAGACCUGCUCAAUGUAUUCUGUACAAAUUCCCAGUCAUCAAAGGCCUUCCUGUUCGACAUCAACUCACGACUCUAUGUGGCGACGGACGCGUCACCGUCGACGCGCCACGCACAGUCUCUGUAAUGACUACCUUCUCAUGUUGAAUUCUUUCGGACCCUUGUACAAGUAUGCACG